CUCAGCAGCAGCAGAAGAAGAAGGUCUCAACGUCUCAAUAGAAAACCAAUGGGUGACGUCACGCAGGCUUCAAAAUGGGUACCCCAGUGAAAGACGUGGUCAUUAAGCCUGACGCUCCCAACACACUGCUCCUGGACAAACACGCAGAUUACAUCGCUGCCUAUGGCUCCAAAAAGGAUGAUUAUGAGUACACACUAUCAGAGUACCUGAGGAUGAGCGGCAUCUACUGGGGGCUGACGGUGAUGGACCUGAUGGGCCACCUGCCCAGGAUGAACCAGCAGGAGAUCAUAGACUUCAUCAAAGCCUGUCAGCACGAGUGUGGAGGCAUCAGUGCCAGUAUUGGUCAUGACCCCCACCUGUUGUACACCCUCAGCGCCGUGCAGAUCCUGUGUUUGUAUGACAGCGUGGACGCAAUUGACCUGGACAAGGUGCUGGAAUACGUCAAAGGGCUGCAGCAGGACGACGGCUCGUUUGCAGGAGACAAAUGGGGAGAGAUCGACACGAGGUUUUCCUUCUGCGCGGUGGCUACCCUCGCCUUACUGGGGAAGCUGGACACCAUAAAUGACAAAGCUGUGGAGUUUGUCUUGUCCUGUAUGAACUUUGAUGGAGGUUUUGGCUGUAGACCUGGAUCAGAGUCUCACGCUGGACAGAUUUACUGUUGCACCGGCUUCCUGUCUCUGACGGGUCAGCUGCACCAGGUCAACGCCGACCUGCUCGGUUGGUGGCUCUGCGAGAGACAGCUGCCCUCCGGAGGCCUCAACGGACGCCCGGAGAAGCUUCCAGAUGUCUGUUACUCCUGGUGGGUUUUGGCAUCGUUGAAAAUCAUCGGCAGGAUCCACUGGAUCGACAAGGCCAAGCUGCGCUCCUUCAUUCUGGCCUGCCAGGACGAGGAGACGGGAGGCUUCGCGGACAGGCCGGGAGACAUGGUGGAUCCGUUUCACACGCUGUUCGGCGUAGCGGGUCUCUCGCUGCUGGGCGACGAUCAGAUCAAAGCGGUGAACCCGGUGCUGUGUAUGCCUGAGGACGUGCUGCAGCGGAUCCGACUCCAACCAGAACUCCUCAGCUAGCUGGAGGCAGACCGGAGCACUGAUCAGCUUCUGCACACACGGACUCGUCUCACAUCUCCACCAUCUGCACUGUAACCACCGCGCUGCAGAGCGGGCGAGCGGCCCUGAGGUUCUGCUGAACACGGAAGCGUUUACUGACAGUUGGCGGAGCGAUUUCAAACGUUGCUUUAACACGUUGCUAACUGCAGUUCAUAUUCAGUUCCAUAUUUAUUUUCACUUCCAGAACUGAGAGAAUCAAAUAAAUCUGAGUGUCUUGAAUGGAAAAUUUUGAAAAAGUAGCACAGAGGUCACCACAGCUGAUUGGUUGAGUCUGGCAUUUCCUUGCUCUUGAUUGGCUAAAAGCACCGACUCAGGUGACCUGCAGGAGCAAGGUCAUGACCUCUGCUGUUAAAGAAGUUAAAGCAUGUGUCUCUGUGUGUAGUUCUCACUUUUUAAAUGACUUGGAAGUAACUUGACACAUUGAGAAGUCAGCAGAUGCAGUCGGGUCCAGAAAUAUUUGGACAGGAACAGUUUCUGUGAUUGCAUCAUUCGAUGGAGGUGAUGAGAGACGAAACAAAUCAUAACUCACAGAAAUGAGUAAGAAAUACAAACUGGAUGGUAAAUCUGAUUGGAGCAGGCAGUUCUCAGUUAGUGAGGGAAGCCACCAAGACGCCCAUGAGAACUCUGGAGUUGUUUGGCUUCCGUGGCUGUGAUUGGAGAAACUGGGCGAGCUUCAGCUUUUAUCUGUGGCGUCACCGGCUAUACAGCUGCAUCGUGGAACACAGAAGGAUUGUUCAUAGAAAGAUGAGAAAUUUCAGCUACAGAGGAUUCAAGCCUAGGUUUGACCUGUUGCCUUAUUUUUUUUCCGGUUCACCAUUAACUUGUCUGACGUGAUGCUGCAAACAGGCAUCAGAGUCUGCACAGUUUUUUCCCAGGCCAGCACUGCGUGCAUUAGCUGCAGAGCCAUUUUGCAACGAAGGAGUUAAGUAGGUCACGGUCAUUGGAAGUCAUUGGACUUUGAACCCAUGUGAAGUACUCCUACAAGGCAUGUACCCACCAAAUAAGAAGUUUCUGCAAGCAAUAGGUGCCGAGGUAUAUGGCAGCGAAGGAUUUGACAGUUGUGACCACUGGUGACCUUGAGAAGUACCGGUAGAUCAAGGUCACCACCCUUCGAACCCGUGUGAAGUACUCCUCCAAGGCAUGUACCAACUAUAUAUGUAGUUUCUGCGAGCAAUAGGUGCCAAGCUACGUUGCGGCGAAGGAUUGGACAGUUGUGACCAUUGGUGACCUUGAAAAGUAGGUCAAGGUCACCGGUCUUUGAACCCAUGUGAAGUACUUCUCCAAGGCACAUACACCAAAUAUGAAGUUUGUGCGAGCAUAGGUGCCACGCUACGUUGUGGCAAACAAAUUUCGUUCGGACAGAUGGAAGGACGGGCGGACAACCCGGAUGCUUAUGCCCCGCCUCACGGCGCAUAAUGACCAAAACUGUUCAAAUAGUUGUGGACCCAGCUGCAGAAUGUCUGGACAAAUGAAUGGCUGUGAUUAGAGAGACGACGUUUGUUGCAUCAUGACAGACUGUUUACAAGGAGAUGGAACAUGUUGGUUUCAGUUUGCCAGAGGGCACGUGGGCAGCUGAUGUCAUCAAACAACAACAAA